CGACCAAUCGUGACGCCUGCGGCAUUCAGUCAUAUUCGUCUGUACAGUACAGCAGAUCCGCGACUCGGCUCUUGUUCUCCUCCUCCGCAAGACCAAGCCUUCCUUCCUACCUUCGCCGCAUUCGCAAUCAGCUCCUGGACUUCUCUCCUCCGCUUCAAUUCCGUGCACCAACGCAGCCUUUUCGUAACUCUCAACUCAGCUCUCGACGCCGAUAGCCUGUCGUAAAAGCUUCUAGUGAAAACCGAAUGUAAGCUCCUCCCCGUCACUCACCUUACCUCCCGCCAUCGGCCGUUCCUUUUUAGAAACAGCAGUACCAGUGUCUGAGCCCUGCCUGAGCCCUGUCGAUUAUCAGGCAGCGGAAACCCAGUCGUGCGACUGUCUGGUAACAAACCUAGUCCACCGUCGCGGUGACGUUGCAUCUCUUCGCGAAGCCUUUCAGCCGCACGUUCCCACUCGUCGCGGCGAGCCUAAAAACCGCUGCCCACUCUCAACGAGGAGAUUGCCGCUCGUCACUACUACUACUACUAGUAACCUCGCGCAAUGAAGGACAAGUGGGCUGUGCAGAUCCCGCGGGGGAAGGUCAAACAGCCCUUCCGAGGCGCAGCUCGCUCCAACCCACUCCACGUCAGCGGCGGCGGCGGCGGCGGAAAGGCAUCCGCGAACGACCGCCGGAUGUGGGAGGACGAGCGGAAGCGCCUGGUGCGCGUUCCCCGGCGCGCGACAUACGGAGACGACGACUAUGACGAUUCCGACGAGGAGGAGAACGAAGAUGAAGAGCUCGGGUACGGCGGCAAUGGCCGGGGACGCGGUGGCUAUGGCAGAGUUUCGGGCGGCGGCAAGGGCGGAAAGGACGUGGAUGAUGAUGAUGACGAGGAGGGGUGCCUGUGGUGCUGCUGCUCGUGCCUCAAGUGGCAGCGCGUGUGCGGCGUGCUGUUCGGCCUGGUCAUUCUCGCCGCACUGCUCUACGCGCUGCUCGACGCCAGUGACCUGCUCCCGCGGCAGUGCGGCGACAACUGUCCGCCCCGCAUCCACGGCCUCGGCCCGCUGUACCAGCGCGCCAUGGACGCGGCGCAGGGGGUGGCGCUUCCGAAUAGCGCGGAGAGCGGCGGAGGCGGAGGCGGAAGCGGUGCGGGAGGAGUAGGACCAGGAGCAGCAGCAGAUCCUGCUUUGACUCCUGACGCUCAGCAGUAUCAGCAGCCACGGUUUCAACCCGACCCGCUGCAGUAUCAGCAGCAGCAGCAACAGCAACAGCAGCAGCAGCAGCAGGAAGAGCAGCAACAGCCGCAGCAGCAGCAGCAGCAGGAGGAGGAGGAGGAGGAGCAGCAGCCGCAGCAGCAUCAGCAGGACCAACUGGAGGAGCAAAUGGAUCCGCAGCUGCAGCAGGCGAUGCUGCACUACGAGCCGCAAGACAGCCCGCUGCUUGUCCCUCAAACGCAACCGGCGCAGCAGCAGCAGCAGCAGUCAGAACAGCCUCCAGAGCUGCCGCAGGAGCCGCCGCUAAACAUGCCGUUCACGCCGCCGCAGAAGCCGCCGCAGGAACCGCCGCAGAACCCGCCGCAAGAGCCAUACGAUUCCUCCGCGGCCCAGCUCGGUGCGGCGCCCCCGCACGACAUGCCCGACUGGUCGGCUGCGGCCGGCCAGGAGGCGGAAGCGCAAUCUGAAACACCCAUGGGGAAUGGGGGCGAUGGGGAAUAUGCGCGGACGGAGCAGCUGCAAGCGGAAGCGCAGCAGGUGCGCGCGGCGGAGGAGCAGCAGCCACCUGCGGCGGAGUGGGCGCGCCAGGCUUCCGCCCAAGGCGGCGCAGGGUCGUGGGGAGCGGACGACGGGGCGGUAGAUGCGGCGGCGGAGAUGCGCGGAACGGCGGGAGAGGAGGUGGGUGGGAACGCGGGGCAGUCACCAGCGUACAACACUGGCGCGGGGAACGUGGAGGCGGGUGGGGGAGAAUUCACUGUGGCACAUGGGGGGGACGGGGCGCAGGACCGAGAUUAUGGACCGGCGCAAAUGGGGGCGGAGGGGCAAGUUGCACCUAAGAGCCAAGCGGUGGCGGCAAACGGUGCUGUGGCGCAAGCGGGUGCGGGGGACCGCGCGCGGACAGAGCGCCUAGACGCGCCUGUGGGGAAGACUGCGGAAGCAGCGGGGCAGGCGGAACUCCAGGGGGGGCUGGGAGCGGGAGUCGGGGGAGAUGCGCGGGAGGAAGGCAAGGCGGAGACUGCAGGGCCAGAAGCAAGGGCUGAGGUUGCUACAGGCUCUACAGAUACUACGAACGCUACAGAUGUCGCCACAGUGGUUGCCAAGUCAGCAGCAACGAGUAAUGGCUCUGACGCAGCUACGGCUGUCGCCUCCGCCACAGGCGGUGCUACAUCCGGUGCUACAGCACAACCGUCUGCCUUCGGACACGUGGCGGGCGGGGUGAGUGCGCUGCAGGCGGAGGAGGAAGCGCGGGCGCGCGUGGGCGAGGAGAAGCAGCAGGGGAAGAAGGGGGAGGGUGCGGAGGGUGCAGCGGGAGGGGAGGGUGAUGUGCUUGAUGAUGCCAUGGCUGAUGCCUAUCGGCCUUGCAUUGAGGCCAGCAAGCUAGCAGAUAUGGCCGCCCAGACUGCUUGGCCGUAUCUCGCCCUCUUAGGUGUGCGUCCCGGCUUCACACGUCAGCAAGAGGCGCUCUUGCGUGGCUUGUGGGCGGCGAAAAUGACGGGAUCUGUGCUGCUGCUGCCGCCCUUUUUCCUCAGCUUCGAUUCGGGCGACAUGAAGCAGACGAAGCUGCAGCAGUACCUCGAUACAGACAGACUCAUUACUCAUAUGUACUGCUCUUCCAAGUCCUGGGCGGUGCCCCAGCUACCUCCGUCCAUCCUCUCCUCACUGCCCCCGAACGCCACCGGUGCCAACAUGCCUGCGCUGGUUCAAGCGCUGGGACCCAAGGCCCAACGCAUCCCACCUAAAGUAGUUGCUGCACUCAGUAGUGCUGACGGUGGUGGGAGCGGUGAUGGUGCUGCUGUCAUUGCGGCUUGGAGAGAGAAGACGAGUGAGGAGGCCACUGCUGGGAGGCUCAAUCUCCUGCUCCUAGACGCCGACACUGACAUCCCCUUCACAUCCCGCGAGCAGCAGCGCCUGCGCCGCAACGGGCUGGCGGCCAUGCGCCCGUCCGCCUCCAUCGCGUCUGUCUCCUCCCUCCUGCUCCACCUCAUCCGCAAGACACACGAGGCGCAGUUCGGCGAGCUCGUCGGCUUCUCCUUUGCUGUAGUGCACAUCAACCCAGACUCCCUUGAAGAUGCCUCUGCCGUCCCUGUCCCUGUUGCUGCUCCCGGACUUCUUGCGAAUAACAGCAACAGCACUGGCAGCACCCUCAGCACCAGCAGCAGCACAGACCGCUUCCUGUCGGUGCUGCUAUCUGUGCUCAACCCUGCGCACACGCUGCUCUACGUGACCAUCGGCGACACGCCCCAGAGCGCCGCUAUUCUCGCGCGCCUCAAAUCCGCGUCCUUCCACACUACUACCCGUGACGCGCUCCUGCGCUCGGACCGCUCAGCUGCCGGCACCGACGCGCGGCGAUUCCUGUCCAACCUCCACCCCGAGCACGAGAUGCAAGCAGCGGUGGAGCAGGCCGUGGCCCGGGAAGCUGCGGUGUUCUUUGGCCCGGCGGAGUCGUCGUUCUCGUCGCUGGUGUUUGAGCUCCGGUGCUUCACAACAACGGCAAAGGGGGAGGGGGCGGGGGCGGCGAUGCGCGCAACUGUGUUCUAUGACGUGGGGCCCACGGCUGUGCCUUGCCGUGCGUGAUGAUGAUGGCAUGUGAGGAACGGGAAGAGAAUGAGCAAUGGUGGCUGUUUGGGAUGUAGAUUUGGAUUGGAGACAUCUCGAAUCCGUGUGUGAUGACAUGCGAGGCAUGGGAAUGGGAAAAGAACGAACAACGGUGGUGGUGUGGUUGGUUAGCCUGGGGUUGUACUAUGGAGGAGUAGAUGGGAGAGUGAUGGGAGGGAGAGGGAUGGGAGGAGGGGGAAUGGGACUGGGUGAUGGGAGAGCCUUUGAGAAUGGUUCUUGGGUAGGUGCUAUGCUCAAUACUCAAUGUUUGAACUUGUGCCACCUUAUAUAGGUCCAGGCCCUAAGAUUGGUUUUUGGGCACGCUGAUUGAUCAUCCUAGCCACGCGGACUUAGGCUGAUUUGUCAGCCCCCCCCUUUGUCGAAAAGCUGAUUUUGUCGGCUUAUAAUAUUUUUUUUGUCUGAAAAUUACAGCCUUGA